GCUUGACGUCAGCGCUCCUUUUCUCCGGCCGUGCCUUGGACUGCUGCGAUUGGAAGGAAACCCCGUGCACUGCUUUCAGUCGGACGGCUGGGAGAAUCAGCUGUGGCUUGGUACGCUGACAUUUGCUAGUUUUCAGUGAACAGUCAUGUCGGAGGCACCUCAGCAGGAACUCGUGCAAAAGGCCAAGCUAGCCGAGCAGGCUGAGCGUUAUGACGACAUGGCUGCGCUGAUGAAGUCUGUGACAGAGGAAGGCCAGGAGCUGUCAAACGAGGAGCGCAACCUGUUGUCAGUGGCCUACAAGAAUGUGGUGGGCGCCCGUCGGUCCUCAUGGCGUGUGAUAUCCAGCAUUGAGCAGAAGACCGAGGGGUCUGAAAAGAAGGGAGCCAUGGCCAAGGAGUACCGGGAGAAGAUUGAGAAAGAGCUGAAAGAAAUCUGCAAUGAUGUGCUGGGUCUCUUGGACAAGUAUCUCAUUCCAAAUGCAACAGCAGCAGAGAGUAAAGUCUUUUACUUGAAAAUGAAAGGAGAUUACUAUCGCUACUUAGCGGAGGUGGCUACAGGAGAUGACAAGAAAAGCAUCAUUUCAAGUUCACAGGAAGCCUACCAAGCCGCCUUUGAUAUCAGCAAAAAAGAAAUGCAGCCCACGCACCCAAUCCGUCUUGGUCUUGCCCUUAAUUUCUCUGUUUUCUACUAUGAGAUCCUCAAUACGCCUGAAGAAGCCUGCAAGCUUGCCAAACAGGCCUUUGAUGAUGCCAUUGCAGAGCUUGACACCCUGAGUGAAGACUCGUACAAAGACAGCACACUAAUCAUGCAGCUAUUGAGAGAUAACUUGACACUGUGGACCUCGGAUAACCAGGGUGAGGGCGAGGAUUCGGAGCCAAGAGAUUGAGCCAGACCCCCAUAGUCAACCCUGUUGUCCUGCCAUCAUUCUCGCACAUCUUCAUCAUAAUCAUCAACACUGAGACCACCUCAUUUUGAUCAUUGUCAUGCACCUCUCCAUCUUUUUCUAUCUAAGGUCUCUCAGUACUCAUCUCAUUCCUAACGGUUUACUAUUCCUUCUUUUGUAGUAACAGUGGGGAAAGGGGAUGGGGAGGGGAGGGGAAGUUUUAAGUGGUGUGGUGGGGAGGGUAAACACGUUUGGGGUUAGAUGCCUAACUGUUGACUUCUUUUCUGUGUCUGAGCUAUUUGGGUGUUGCAUUAUUAAGGUGCUGGGUGAAAGGGCAAGUUCACAACUCUUGAAACAUGCAGCAGGUUAGGUUUGUAGUAGUAAGAAAAUAUUUAAGCUAUGUGUAUUACUACUCAUUAACGGUGCUGUUUUUGACCAACACCAUCUUUUGAUGACACAUCUGUGCUUUGACAAAAAGAGGAGCUGCCUCUUCACACCUGAGGGGACUGCAACUGUGAUUUUUGUAGUCUCAAGGGGAAUAACAGUAGAGACAGUGGAGGUGUAAUGGGGAGAAGGCAGGCAAGAUUUAGUUGGAACACAAGGUUACAUUCCAUAUACUGUUGCUCAGCUUUCUACUCUGUUGCUUUUUUUUUUUUUUUUUUUUUUUUUUUUUUUUUUUUUUUGGGUGAACUGCUUUUGUAUUUUUAUGCAUCAAUUAUGAGGUAUAGAAAACUUUGAACAAGAUAGCACACAAGAUUGUUUUGUUGCUGUUUUGUGUAAGCACAGCAGUAAAAAUGAAUCCAUGUGCUUAUCUAGUUAAUGCUUUUUUUCAAAUUAAGAUUUUUUUUUCCUCAGUACUUGCCUAUACUGCAUGGUGGUAAGAAGUAGUUUGUGGAGGUGUAAAGAAGGUUGUUGUUGGGCUGGUUAGCUUUGUCUGUCUUUGAAUUCUCUUACAGAACACCCAAGCAUAACUGUAAUUUUGGGGGAAAAUGUGUAAUUUCAUGUAAGUGGAAUAAAAAAAUAAUUUAAAAGUUU